CUCAAUCUGUGCACGAGCGGAAGUGCCACGUCCUGUGAAGAGUGUCUCCUCAUCCAUCCAAAAUGUGCUUGGUGCUCCAAAGAGGAAUUUGGCAGCACAAAAUCCAUCACAUCGAGGUGCGACUUCCUACAGAAUCUUAUUGCAAAUGGUUGUGCAGGAGCAAUCGAAAAUCCUAAAAGCAGCAUUAACGUAGUGAAGAACGUUCCUCUGAGCACCAAGGGCUCUGGCUUGACCCAUUCGGAUGUUACACAAAUAAUGCCUCAGAAGAUCUCCUUGAAUCUUCGGCCUGGUGACCAGACCUCCUUCAGAGUUCAAGUUCGGCAAGUGGAGGACUAUCCCGUGGACCUCUACUAUCUGAUGGACCUCUCUCUGUCCAUGAACGAUGACCUAGAUAACAUUCGCAACCUGGGAACCAAGCUGGCUGAAGAGAUGCGAAAGCUCACUAGCAAUUUCCGGUUGGGGUUUGGCUCUUUUGUGGACAAAAACAUUUCUCCUUUCUCCUACACAGCCCCAAGAUACCAAAACAACCCCUGCAUUGGUUACAAGCUGUUCUCAAACUGUGUCCCAUCCUUUGGCUUCCGCCAUCUCUUGUCCUUAACGGAUAAAGUUGACCGUUUCAAUGAAGAAGUUCAGAAACAGAAGGUUUCCCGAAACAGAGAUGCUCCAGAAGGUGGUUUUGAUGCAAUUCUGCAGGCUGCUGUGUGCAAGGUGAGUCACUCUGAUUUCUGGAUUUUAAAGUAA